UCACCCCUUCAUUUUCCAUUUCCUCUAUUCAUGUUCCGAUUCUCACCCAAAAAAACAGAGAAAAGAAAAAGGGGGGAAAGAUCAGCAGAAAGGGAGUGAAGGGUUAUCUUCUUUCACUAAUCUAUUAAAUCUGAAGGGUUUCUGCAGCCUCGAUGAAGGAGAGACGGUGAAGUGCGUUCAAGAUUCGUCGCCUCUGAUUCUGCCCCUACGCAAGGCAGCACCCUUGGGAAAAAAACAAUGACUGAGGUACAACGGAAGUAGCAGGUGGGCUCAAUGCAGACAAAUCCAAGAAAGGGAAACCCCACUGAUCUCCAGUAGAUUGCCCAGGCUGCAAAUGCUUCUGCCCAAUGGAGUUUUCUUUAGAUGUGAAUUCAGUGUGUUCGAUGAGUUCUUCAAGAAGAUUAAAGGUGAAGCCGACAGGAACCUGGAAUUUCAACAAUCCAUGAGGGAGAUUAAGGAGAAAGCAGAGGACUUGAAAGGGGUGAAUGAGGAUCUGAAAGCUAGUUGUGGUUCACCCAUAGCCCAACUCUUUAUCAUGGUUCGACUAAGGACAACGCGCCCAAAUGGAAGGCUUCAGCCAGCACACCCCCCCGUUGUUGCCUCCACCUCCGCUACCUUCUGUCGAGUAGACCUUGACACCAUCCCACAUUUCAGGAACAUGUUUUCUUUCUUUUUACUUUUCAUUUCCUUAUUUCUGUGGGUCUGCAUGCAUACAUUGAGGACAAUAUAUGUGCUGGGUGUGGGGGAGGUAUGUUGUGCUUCUACUUGUGAAGUUAUUGAUUUUUUGGGAGGUGGUUGGAUAGUCAUUUUAGAACGAUCCUUGCAAAAUUGGUUGUGUUGUUGAAAAUCUGAAUGUUUGAAAUUUGAAUUGAUGUGUUGGAAUAUGGAUGUGUGGGGAUUGAAAAUAUUUAAUUGGGUUUUGACAAUUUUAAUUGAACACCGAAACUUGUGAAGGAAGUUAGAGUGUCUUGAGAAAAAUAUGUGAAUUAUCCCGCAGUAGCUGUUGAAUUUUCAGAUUGUUGUCUUGUGAUAUCCCGUACAUUAAUAGAAUUUUUUGGUAUAAGUUGAGGUAAGUAGGAGAAACUAGCACUAGUAGCAUAUUAAAAAAAAAUGUGUGAAGUGUGUUCCAUUGACUGCAUCAAAUGAACGAUGUUCAAGAAUCAACACAAAAGUCCUUUGUGUGAGCUUUUGAACCAAAGCACUUCCAUUUAAAUAGUGCUUCUACAUUUCUUUUGAUUGAGGGAAUCAAACUUAGUAUUUUCAUUCUAGAACUUGCUUGUGUAAUACAUUUUGAGACCACAAUCUUCUAAGAUUGGUGUAUGAAAGUGAUAAGGGCACUUAGGAGUAACCCAUUGACCUAAAAAGAACCUACCUUGAAUUCAACCGUAGAAACUUCAUUUGAGCCUUGGCUUUUCUUUUCUUGAUUAAACCACGUUAUAAGCCGAAUUAUCCCCUUCUUGGUUAUCUCCUGAAGUGAUUUUUGAACCCAUUCAAUGGGAUGAUGUUGGCUUGGUUGCUUGUAUGACAUGAAAAUGAGUGAAUUAAAUGAUUCAAGUUGUAUACUGGGGACGCAUUGGUAGCCCCAAGGAAAAGAAAUAAAAGAGCAAAGAGGAAAUGAAAAAAAAAAAGAAGAAAAAAAAGAAGAAAAGAAGGAAAAAAAAAAAGAAAAAAGAAGAAAAAAAAGAAAAAAAGAAAAAAUUCUGAAAAAGAAAGAGAUUCAGAAACAGAAAACAAAACAAAUAAUAAGGAGUUUGAUUGUUCAAAGUGCUUGAAUCGAGUUGAAGGAGAA